AUGACAGAAGUUACAACAGAUAAUAUUCAGAAUGAUAAUGCUUCAGUAUCAAGACCUUUGACUCCACAAAGACCGCAAACACCCCAAAGACCUCAAACACCUCAGAGACCACAAACACCAAUACAGCAGUCGUUGCCAUCACAACCACCAACUCCGACUAAUCAUUUGCCAUAUUUAUCACCAGCUGCCUUUACUCCUCUGCUUCAUGCAUUGCUUCUUGAUCAAAACACUGGUAUUGCACAAGCAGCUCAAAAUGUUAUACACUCUUUAGUUGAGAGAAUACUAGAAGAACCAGAUGUUAAUCCUAAAGAAAAAGAAUUGCUAGAAAAAGAAACUUUGGAGGGUGUUGUUUUAGGAAUAGGCCGUCUUGAUCAAGAGAAGGUAAAGAGAGAGGAAUUAAAUGAAUGGGAUACUGAAGGUGACGAUACAAGUGUUGGUGCUGUUACUGGUAUUGAGGAAGAAGAAGCGGCCUUGGCGAUUGGAAAUUUAGCUAGUGUAUUACCUUUGGAUAUAAUAACUUCAAAAUUGGUAAAUAAUAAAACCAUUUCUUUCAUGCUUUUUUUACCAACAUUAUGCUCAAAGCUUCCUGGAGAAAUGAAAUCGGAUCGAGCUGUAAAGGGAAUCGAAAUAUUUGCCGGUGAUGUUAGUCGUAGUGUACGUUCUGCAGCCGGUGAAAUUAUUGGGGAAUUGAUUGCUACUUUUCAACCUGAUGAUAAAGUUCCUGAAAGUUUAGUACAACAUUUUUUAAGCCUUGGACCGGUUAGGGAAAACAGUCUUAGUAAUGGUGUUUCUAGUAGUACAUUUAGCAAUAAUAAUCUUGGACAGAGAGAUCCGGAACGUCCAAAUGAUUUGCUUAAUGUUUUUACAUAUUAUUUGGAUGAUAUUGACGAGGUUAAGUCUGGACUUAUAGAACAUCUUGCAGAGUUUAUUGAAUGUUUGCCACAGUCUACUCGCAACAAUUAUUUGCCAUCGUUGAAUGAUGUUUGGGAUGGCGUUAAAAAUCAUUGGCGAUUAAGAGAUGAGAUCACAAAACAAAUACCGGAAUUAUGUCGACUAGUGGAUGGACAAUGCGUAAUAAGUCAUAUAUUACCAUUGACAAUACGUGCAAUUAAAGAUGAAGUAGCUAGUGUUAGAGAAACCGCAGUUGCCAGUGUAAAUAUACAUGAUUCUUUAUCAUUGUUAAUGGACAA